ACUCACUCCUCGUAACUGCUGCCACGCCACCGCUUUUCUCCACCUCCAUCCUCCUCAAUCAUCCCCUCUUUCUCUCUCCUCUAUCCCUGUCAACUAACCUCAAAUCCUGCAUCAAAAAUGGCGGAAGAAAAAGGCGGAUUAGGAGAAAUAAUAUCCAUAACAAACUGGUUCCCGUCACUAGUCGAAACCCAAGUUGAUUUAAUUGCCACCACCUUCACCUCCAUCCUUACCACCUUCCCUACUCCCUCAUUUUCUCUCUCCUCAUCCACCAUCUACAAACACCCUCAUUCUCAGGCUCAAACGGCCGAGACUCAAGCUCAGAAGGUGGUUCGGAAAGUUGGGUAUGGGAUUCUCGGCGCGGUGUACGCGGCGAUGGUUCUGGCUUUGGUCAUGGCGGUGGCGGUGAUUCUUGGGGUAUUGCUGGUUAAUCUCUGGGUGGAGAAGCCGGUGGUUGUUAGGGAGAAGUUGUACUUUGAUUACACUGAUGCCAACCCUUCUGCGGUGUUUGUUUUUGGCGGGAAUAGAUAUGGUAAGCAUGGCGGCGGCGGUGUUCCGGUUGGUCAUACUUUUCAUGUUUCCGUUGUGCUGGUGGUUCCUGAUUCUGAUUAUAACCGUGAUAUUGGUGUUUUUCAGUUGAUGGCAGAAGUCGUGGCAACCAACGGGAAACUUAUAGCUCGGUCAAGCCAACCAUCGAUGCUACAAUUCCAUAGCUAUCCUAUUAGACUAAUGCGGACCUUCAUAAUGAGCUUCCCGAUACUGCUCGGAAUAUCCCGGGAGACUCAGACUAUCAAGGUCCAAAUGCUCCGGUACAAGGAGGACAACCUUUUGAGGACGGACGCAGUUAAAAUUACGCUUAUGCCCCGAGCUGGGACUCCUUAUUACCUACCUCAAAUAUACGAGGCCGAGAUUCUAAUGCACUCCAAGUUACCUAGAGUGAAAGAGUUGGUCUACAAUUGGAAGUGGACAUUUUACGUGUGGACUUCGUUGUCUAUCUACGUUUUGCUACUCGUACUCCUCCUUAACUUCUUCAAAACGUUGUUGGUUUCCCCGUUCUUGCAGGCUAAUGGUCGGGAAAGAGAAACGGAGGCCGUUGCAGGAGAAGUGCAACGACCGGUGGCGAAAGUGCGAGAAGGGAGGGAAUUCUCGGACACGCUUAGGAAAUGGCAACAAUAUAGGCGGAAGAGGAAGUCCGCUCUUUUGAGUAGGAGUACUUUUACGGACGAUAGUGGUGGUUCGACAUCCGCCUCGAGUUAUACGAUAAUUAAAGACGAUUUUGAGCCGCCUACCACGGAAGAAGACGUCGGUGACUCGGAAUCGGUGUGCAUGUGAGGUUGAUUAGAAGAUGUUUUGCCAAAGAUGAUGUUAAUUACCGAGUUUUGUAUUAAUAGUACCGGUUUUAAUCUAUGCUUAAAGCAAAUGUGAUUAAUAGUACUUGUAAAUUGUAAUGUAAUCAUGCAAUUGUGAUUAGUGUUGUACGACACAAUUAGAAUAACAGAAGUCCACCUAAAAAUGAGUACAAGAGGAAGAGUUGGUUAGGGUAACAAAUUUGCUUAUCCGAUGCAAAUGGGGAUCUAAAUAUUUUGUGUUUCUAAAUGUAAUUGCCAAAUUUGUGA